GAAGAGGGCGGGCCGAGUGCUGGCUUCCGGCGGAAAAGCGCGCGAGCAAGAUGGCCACCACCAAGCGCGUCUUGUACGUGGGUGGACUGGCAGAGGAGGUGGACGACAAAGUUCUUCAUGCUGCGUUCAUUCCUUUUGGAGACAUCACAGAUAUUCAGAUUCCUCUGGAUUAUGAAACAGAAAAGCACCGAGGAUUUGCUUUUGUUGAAUUUGAGCUGGCAGAGGAUGCUGCAGCAGCUAUCGACAACAUGAAUGAAUCUGAGCUUUUUGGACGUACAAUUCGUGUCAAUUUGGCCAAACCAAUGAGAAUUAAGGAAGGCUCUUCCAGGCCAGUUUGGUCAGAUGAUGACUGGUUGAAGAAGUUUUCUGGGAAGACGCUUGAAGAGAAUAAAGAGGAAGAAGGGUCAGAGCCUCCCAAAGCAGAGACCCAGGAAGGAGAGCCUGCUGCUAAAAAGGCCCGGUCAAAUCCUCAGGUGUACAUGGACAUCAAGAUUGGGAACAAGCCGGCCGGCCGCAUCCAGAUGCUCCUGCGUUCCGAUGUCGUGCCCAUGACAGCAGAGAAUUUCCGCUGCCUGUGCACCCAUGAAAAGGGCUUUGGCUUUAAGGGAAGCAGCUUCCACCGCAUCAUCCCCCAGUUCAUGUGCCAGGGCGGUGAUUUCACAAACCACAACGGCACUGGGGGCAAGUCCAUUUAUGGGAAGAAGUUCGACGAUGAAAACUUUAUCCUCAAGCACACGGGACCAGGUCUACUCUCCAUGGCCAACUCUGGCCCAAACACCAAUGGCUCUCAGUUCUUCCUGACAUGUGACAAGACAGACUGGCUGGAUGGCAAGCACGUGGUGUUUGGAGAGGUCACCGAAGGCCUAGAUGUCUUGCGGCAAAUUGAGGCCCAGGGCAGCAAGGACGGGAAGCCAAAGCAAAAGGUGAUCAUCGCCGACUGUGGGGAGUACGUGUGAGGCGGCACUCUCUCUGCUUCCCCGUCCACUCUUGUCCCUGCACAUCCAGGAAGGAACUGCCAGCCUCAGAGGACGCAGCACCGAGGGUGCCUGUUUGAAGCAAGCAGCAUUUGGGAUAUGAGCCCUUCCUCAGGGUCCGCUUGGAGCAGCUCCUCUGCAGGCACAGCCUGGACUAUUCCCAAGGGUGGCUGUGGGCCCAGGAGCCAGCGCAGGUGCUCCCCUCCACCAUGGGCAGGCUGUGCAAAAAGCCACUGGCUUUUCUCAGCAUUUGCUGCUGGGCCUCUCCUGGGACUACCAGUGUGGCUGUUACGUGUUUUCUUUGCUAAAAUAAACCCUAGUUCUUAUACUGCU